AUGAGCCUGGAACGCUCUUCCGUGGAGCUACCGCCCGAAUUCUACGGCUCAUUCGACGCGGCCGAGGUUGACGGCCCUUAUCUUGAGCACGACUUCUAUCUCGAGUCAAACGAUUCCCUCGACGACCAGUCUGCUCUUUACGACUCCGAGACCGCCGAAGACGAUUCCUUGUCCUUUGACGAAGAUUCGCCUUCACACAGCUCCCAGUCUCCCUCUCCUUCUCCUUCUGCCUCUCCCUCUCCCUCCGUGGCCUCCGUGGACUCCGUGGCUGCCUUGGAUCUUCCCGAAUCCUUUCGCCAAAUUCUCGAGCGUCAAACCGAUUCAGCCCCGGACCUGUCCGAUAUUUUUGGCUGGGACUUGGGCGAUGAUAACGAUAGCAUAGGAGGGCAGCUCAUGGAUGAGAUGGAGGCCGGGCUCCGGGAUCAGAACCCUCACAUACGACCCCGCCCCUUUCUCGAGCCGCCGCGACAGGACGAUGCCUUCGUCCAAGGCUUCGACCAAAUGCGUCAGUUGCUUCGCGGCGAUCUAGGCGAACAGCCAAGAGCACAGAGUCGUGCUCGCCGUUCUCGUCCGGACUCUGAACCCAGGCUCUUCGUCUCCGACGAUGACGAUGACAACUCGCUUGACGACAUCCUCGUCGACAUGGAAAUCUUCGCCGAUAACCCGCCCCGGGCACCCCGUCCUUCGGCUCGUGGCCGGCGACACCCUGCUCCUUCCGGGGCGUCCGAAGUCAUCGACCUCACCAACGAGCCAGACAGUCCGGUCCAGACGCACGCCCGGCCGCCGUUACCGAACCCUCGCCGUCAAAACUCCCAGCUACCAAGGGACCCGCCUGCCUUCUCCCGGAGCGACAGCAGCAUCUUGGGCGGUCCCAAUGUCAUCGACCUGACCGACGACAGCCCCGACCCGCCUCGCUCCAACGGCGCUCAUUCCGGCCCACCGAACCGCCCUGGUCGCGAUGUUGACCUCAUCUUCGUAAACCAGCGGCCCGCCGUCGGCCCGCGACUUCCACCACCGCCACAAACGCCACAUAAUCGUCCCUCGUCGUGGUCGCGGCACCCCCACGGCAGCCGCCUUCGGGACCGUGGGCGGAGGAGCCUGCUGGAUGGCAUCCGCCGCGAAUUCGCCAACCACAUCUCGCUCUUUGGCCUGCUGCGCCAUGCCCAGGGCGAGGAAGACUUGGCCGGCAUGAUGGGCCCACACGCCUUCAACCCCAUCGGGGAGGUCAACCUGGAGUACAACCACGGCGCCUUUGACCAGCGGCCUCCGUCGCCGAAACCUGCGCACGAAGUACCCCCUCCCGCUCGCGCUGGCUUUACCAGGGACGCCAAGGAGGAGGAAGCCGCCGUCUGCCCUGCAUGUGGCGAGGAAUUGGCGUACGAGCCUCCCGACUCUGAAUCCCAGGCGUCCGAGUCGCAGCCCUCUCGAACGACCAAAACGGCCAGGAAACGCGCUCGUGGGGAGCAUCAUUUUUGGGCACUGAAAGAAUGCGGUCACGUAUAUUGUGCCGAAUGUUUCGAAAACCGUCGACCCACCAACAAGCGACGAAUUACCGGUUUCCGAAACGAUAAGGAUAUGAAACCUAUUUGUGCAGUGGACGGCUGCGAUGCAGCCGUGAGCAACAAGGCUAGCUGGGUCGGCAUCUACCUUUAA